AUGGUAUCAGAGCGUCACCGGAGCUACGCCGCGGUGAUUACGGCGGAGACUGAAACCGGUGAUGAAAAAGGUGGCGAGCAAGCUACGUCAUCCGAUCGCAUUCCGAUGAACUCUAGCCCUGUUCAGCUCGUGGAUGAGUUUCACGACCCUAUGUACUUGCAUGUGACGGAAAAUCCUAACCUCGUGCUCGCCUCUCCUCCUUUGUCAGAAGUCAAUUAUGCAACGUGGAGUAGAUCGAUGAGAAUUGCUCUCGAAGUUAAAAAUAAAUACGGAUUCGUUGACGGAAGCAUAGCAAGUCCUGCAGAGUCCGAUCCGAGAUUUCCGAUCUGGAGGAGAUGCAACAAUAUUGUAUGCUCCUGGAUCUUCAAGUCCCUUAGCCCUACGAUUGCAGAGGGAGUGCUGUAUUUCGAAGUUGCGGCUGAAAUCUGGAGUGUUCUUAAGAAAAGAUACUCUCAGGUCGAUGCUCACAGAAUUGCGGAACUGCAAAAUGAGAUCUACAGAAGCACUCAAGGACUUAAUGAAGAGUAUGAGAACAUUAAGUCCGGAGUUUUGGUUAUGGAUCCUAUCCCUGCUAUGGAGAAGGUCCUUAAUAUGGCCCUCAAGAUGGAAAGGAAGCUUAGAAACUCUGGCAUCAUGAAGAAUCCCGAUUUGAUUCAAUCUAAUGCUAUGCAGAACAUAACUGUACAGAACUCAGAUGACCAAUCCACUGUGGCUGUUGCAACUUCCUUUAACAAAAAGAAGUUCAGCAAUAAUUCUGGGAAGAAUGUUCCUAAGUGUGUGUUCUGUGGGAAAUUAGGACACACGAUUGAGAAGUGUUACAAGAAGCAUGGUUUCCCACCAGGGUGGAUUCCAGGUUAUAAAUCUAAGGAUAAACAAGCUCAAGAGACUCAGCCUGCUUCUGUGAACCAAGUUGGAGAUGUAGGCCUCACUGCUGAACAGUUUCAAAGGCUUGUGAGUUUGUUGCAGAGCCAAAGCCAAGGGGGUCAUUCAUCUAAUAAUGUUGUGACAGUGUCUAACACUGGAAUCAACUCAGAUUCCAUGAAGAUUGCAGAGAAACAUAAUGAAGUUCUUUGGACUACUUUGAAUCUUAUUAUGUUGUUCAUGGAGUAUCAGUAA